AUGGAACACAACCAGCCAGGUCAGAACUGAGGCAAACGAACACACCUUGACAUGGGCAACCAUCAACCUCAGGUAAGUUGUUUAUACCUUAAAGUAUCCAAAGUAGAGGUUAUUAUAAAGCAGCACUGAAGCUUUUCAUUACCUUUGGAAUGUGUCCCUACUACAGUGAGGGUCGAUAAGGCGUAAUUAUUAGCAUGAAAAAUAAUAAUGCAAGGAAGUGUUUAGUCUCAUGGACACACUGUAGGAUUAAAUAAUAAUAAUAAUAAUAAUAAUAAUAAUAAUAAUAUGCCAUUUAGCAGACGCUUUUAUCCAAAGCGACUUAGUCAUGCGUGCAUACAUUUUUGUGUAUGGGUGGUGGUCCCGGGGAUCGAACCCCACUACCUUGGCGUUACAAGCGCCGUGCUCUACCGAGCUGAGCUACAGAGGACCAAAAUACAUUAGUCUGGUUGAAUGACUUCAAACAAGAGUUCAGUGGAUGUGUUUUGACUGAAUGGGAAUGCUUGUUUAGCCAUGGCUGUGAUGUACUCUGAGCACCAUUAUGAUGCAUAUGUCCUGUACAUUAGAUGAAGAAAGUAUCCCCUUACUCCUUCAGCCUCCAUCAGGUUAUUUGUGCUCCUUCACCACACCAACAGCGCUACAACAACUUAUAUGUGUAUUCGUCCAUACAACUACAUCAAAAAACGACUUACAUGAGAAGUGAUCCAAUUGUAUUUAGUGAGGAUUCAAUCCAAGGCGUGUUAGAGAGCUGGGCACUAUACAGCGACAAUAUGCAUUCAUGGUAAACGCUGUGUCGGCUCAAGUGUAAAGUAAGUAGCCUGCCUAAGUGUAAAGUAAGUAGAGUAAGUAGCCUGCCUAAUUGUAAAAUAAGUAGCAUGCCUAAGUGCAAAGUAAGUAAAGUAAGUAGCCUGCCCACGUGUAAAGUAAGUAGACUGCCUAAGUGUAAAGUAAGUAAAGUAAGUAGCAUGCCUAGGUGUAAAGUAAGUAAAGUAAGUAGCCUACCUACGUGUAAAGUAAGUAAAGUAAGUAUCCUGCAUAUGUGUAAAGUAAGUAAAGUAAGUAGAAUGUAUACUUGUAAAGUAAGUAAGUAGCCUGUCUAAGUGUAAAGUAAGUAAAGUAAGUAGCCUGCCUAUGUGUAAAGUAAGUAUAAUGUGUAAAGUAAGUAAAGUAAGUAGCCUGUCUACUUGUAAAGUAAGUAAGUAGCCUGCCUAAGUGUAAAGUAAGUAAAGUAAGUAUAAUGUCUACUUGUAAAGUAAGUAAGUAGCCUGUCUAAGUGUAAAGUAAGUAAAGUAAGUAGCCUGCCUAUGUGUAAAGUAAGUAGAAUGCCUAAGUGUAAAGUAGGUAAAGUAAGUAGCCUGUCUACAUGUAAAGUAAGUAAGUAGCCUGCCUAAGUGUAAAGUAAGUACAGUAAGUAGCCUGCCUAAGUGUAAAAUAAGUAGCAUGCCCAGGGAUGUAGCUCAAUUGGUAGAGCAUGGCGUUUGCAACGCCAGGGUUGUGGGUUCGAUUCCCACGGGGGGCCAGUAUGAAAAAAUAAAAAAUGUAUGCACUCACUAACUGUAAGUCACUCUGGAUAAGAGCGUCUGCUAAAUGACUAAAAUGUAACAUGUAAGUGCAAAGUAAGUAAAGUAAGUAGCCUGCCUACGUGUAAAGUAAGUAGCCUGCCUAAGUGUAAAGUAAGUGGCCUGCCUAAGUGCAAAGUAAGUAGCAUGCCUAAGUGUAAAGUAAGUAAAGUAAGUAGCCUACCUACGUGUAAAGUAAGUAAAGUAAGUAGCCCAUCUAAGUGUAAAGUAAGUAGCCUGCCUAAACGUAAAGUAAGUGGCAUGCCUAAACGUAAAGUAUGUAAAGUGGCCUGCCUAAGUGUAAAGUAAGUAAAGUAAGUGGCCUGCCUAAAUGUAAAGUAAGUAAAGUAAGUAGUCUGCCUACGCGUAAAGUAAGUAGCCUGCAUAAGCGUAAAACAUAAAGUAAGUAGCCUGCCUAAGCGUAAAGUAAAUGCUACGCUGCACUAUGAAGCACCUUGGACUGAAUCCAGACCUAAUAUAAGUCUUCUUCCAGCCCCCAGAGCAGGCCUUCUGUGACCUGUCCUCUCCGGGGCAGGAGGGCAUCCGGGUGGUCCAGCUAUACCUGAUGCCAGCCUUCUUCCUGGUGGUGUUGAUAUUGGGUCUCCCCCUCAACCUGCUCUCCCUCUGGAUCUUCUCCCACCGCCUGAAACGCUGGUCCAGGUAGCGGUAGAGGUUAUGAAACGCUGGUCCAGGUAGCGGUAGAGGUUAUGAAACGCUGGUCCAGGUAGCGGUAGAGGUUAUGAAACGCUGGUCCAGGUAGCGGUAGAGGUUAUGAAACGCUGGUCCAGGUAGCGGUAGAGGUUAUGAAACGCUGGUCCAGGUAGCGGUAGAGGUUAGAGGGGUCGUGCUUGCCACCGGAACAUUCCCGGUUGGGAUCUGAGAGAUUUGACUACUAGAGGGUUGUUAGCGACAAAUCCUAGCAAUACAGCAUCCCCUGCUGUUGUGCCCUUGAGCGAGGCACUUCUUUACCCUUAAACUGUUCACUGGGCGCUGUAAGGUGUGUGUGUGUGUAUAUGUUGGAGGGGUUAUGCACAGUAGAAGACAUCUUUCUGGUAUAGAUUCAUAAUGUAUUCUUCUUCUUCUUCUUCUUCUUCAGGAGUAGUGUUCUGCUCUUCAACCUGGCCAUGGCUGACACCUUUUGGCUGCUGGCGCUACCCUUCUUCAUCCACUACCACUUAAACGGUUAGGAUUUGAUUUGAUUUUUAAAAAAAAUUUUAAACACAGUUCAACCACAUACUGUAGGUGUUGCCAGUUUGUUUGUGCUAUCAUGGACAUGUUUGGCUUAUCAAUGGCAGCAGUAGAGUUGGCACAAAACAGCACAAACAGACCUGGGACUAGUCUAACGUGUGGAUACUACACUUGUACUGCAUUUAAAAAGCUUUGAGGAUUAACAAACAAGUUUAACAACCAUUGUGGUCCUCUUCAGGUCUCCACUGGGGUCUAGGUAAGUUAAGUAAAUCCAAUUGGCAAUAUUGUCUGUUGUUUUCAUGUCCUGUAUAGCGUUUCUUAAUGAAGCAAGGCACAGUGAGUGACAUAAUAUCACGAGGAAAACUGCUGCUGUACAACCAAGUUUGAAAUUGCACCUUUGUGAAUUCUACUAAUUCUAACUCUCAACACAGUGAGGAAUGUAUUCAAUCAGAUCCGCUUUAACCAACAUCCGCAUCGGCGGUGUCGGAGGUGGAACUGCGCCAGAGCUGUCAAAUCCACAAGUGGCUCCUGAAAUUCUAGCUAAAGCGGACGUUGCCGUUGGCUGCACGGAGUCACACAACCUUGUUUCCAAGUUGGAACACUGGAAUGUGAGAUGUCAUCUCCAUUAUGAUGCUAGAACACUGGAAUGUGAGAUGUCAUCUCCAUUAUGAUGCUAGAACACUGGAAUGUGAGAUGUCAUCUCCAUGAUGAUGCUAGAACACUGGAAUGUGAGAUGUCAUCUCCAUUAUGAUGCUAGAACACUGGAAUGUGAGAUGUCAUCUCCAUUAUGAUGCUAGAAAUCCUCUUUAUUUUGUUUGUUUAUGUGUGGGGGUUCGAAGCUAACAUAUGGAAUUGUUUUAACAUGGUCAUACCAUGGAUCAUUUAGGAAUUUGUAGGAUCCCUUUGGUUAUAUAAAAAAAAAAACUGUUUUAAAAUGAUUUGAUAAAAUAUUUAAUUUGGCCUUUACUACUUUAGCCAUAGAUACGCAUUGAAUAAGACGUUCAUAAAUGGCAAAAAAAGACAGUCAACAAAUGUAUCAUAAGGAAUAAGGUUGGAGUGUCUGUCCUGUAUCUAGGAGAUACAAGAAAGUUCACGAUAUAUUUUAGUUUUUUUGGACACAUAUUUAACCCCUUAUUUUUGUUGGCACAAAACUACCUCCAUACUUCCUUUAGUUUGUAUGGGUUACCUUCAGACGAGUCCCGUGACACUUGUGGGUGUGAUGAGAUGGUGUUGAAGGAGUCAGGCGCAGGAGGGUAAAUCACAGAAUAACAUGCUUUAAUCCGCAAAAUACAGGUUUACGCAGAAAUGCGUCAAACACCAAACACACUCCAGGGCACAAAACAGGAGCACUGGAAAAUACAAGGAGCACUGAAAAUACUCCCGUCGAUACACAAUACACGAGCUCCACCGAGCUUCACUAACCUCCACAAUAAACAACCACCCACACAGACAAGGAAGCAGAGGGAACACUUAUACCAUGACUAAUGAGGGGAUAAGAACCAGGUGUGUGUGAUUGACAAGACAAGACAAAUGGAGUGAUGAUAAUUGGAUCGGCAGUGGCUAGUAAGCCGGUGACGCCGAACGCCGAAACCUGCCCGAACAAGGAGGGGAGGCAGCCUCGGCGGAAGUCGAGGGACAGUGGGGGUCGUAAAGCAAAACAGAGAACACCAUUGUGUUCGUGAGUCUCAUCUUUCCAUAGAGGAAAGUCUUAUGAGUUUGUGCCGUUCUGACGCUACAAACGUUGUCAUGGGAAGACUGAUUUUCGGGAUGUCUCAUGGUCUGACAAACACCGCUGUAGCUCGGCCACCUUUCACCGCAGAUGAGGAAUAAUAUAAUAAUAAUAAUAUGCCAUUUAGCAGACGCUUUUAUCCAAAGCGACUUACAGUCAUGUGCACAUAAAUUUUUACGUAUGGGUGGUCCCGGGGAUCGAACCCACUACCUUGGCGUUACAAGCGCCGUGCUCUACCAAUUGAGCUACAGAGGACCGGUGGAUAUCUCUAGCUGACAGAGUUUGAUGGGUAUUUUUAUAUUAUGUUACUUAGAUUGACGAGGGCGUCAAAAGACUCUUAAGGAAAAAAUAAUAAUUAAUUGCGUAUUUAUUUUUAUAUAGCCUACACAUGCUCGCUCUGAACUUUAAACACAAGUGGGGCGGGUGUGGCUUCCUGACAAUGAUGAUCAAAAGAGCAGAUGCUCACCGAUUUGACAGCUCAAAAGCAGUUCCACCUCUAACACUGACAAAACAUCUGCUAUACAGGUGUCUGGUUAACGCUUGAUCUGAUUGAAUCUAAGCCUAACAUGCUACCCAGACUGCACACACGUGUGUGUCCACGUGCGCAAGUUGAUUUUGUCCAACCACACCAGACGCGAUCAGGACGCGCAGGUUGAAAUAUCAAAACAAAACUCUGAACCAAUUAUAUUAAUUUCGGGACAGGUUGAAAAGCAUUAAACAUUCAUGGCAAUUUAGCUAGCUAGCUUGCUGUUGCUAGCUAAUUUAUCCUGGGAUAUAAACAUUGGGUUGUUAUUUUACCUGAAAUGCACAAGGUCCUCUACUCCGACAAUUAAUCCACAGAUAAAAGGGUAAAAGUUUGUUUUCUAGUAAUCUCUCCUCAUUCAGUCUUUUUCUUCUUAAUUUGGACUUUGUAUGACGGUUGGCAAAUAACUUUAUGGUGCAUUACCACCACCGACUGGACUGGAGCGUAGACCUCAGUUCAUCUUUCAAUCACCCACGUGGGUAUAUGCUCCUAAAAACCAAUGAGGAGAUGGGAGAGGCGGGACUUUGCAGGGCAUUGAGCGUCACACGCGCACGACCAGUGUGGGUGCAUUGAUUUGAAUAACAUGUAUGUGUACAUUUAUUUCGCAAAACGCUCGCACACGCGAGGUGUGCGGUGUGGUCAGCAUGUAAGUUGAGACCCGACUGAGUUCCCUUAUUAAAAAAAUAAAUAAAAAAUCUAAAAGAUGACCUAGGUCCGUACCUCGGCGUCCUCAUAUGUAGUUACGAACUGUUUGUCUAAUCUUAGGUGUGUCGCUCUGCAAGAUCCUGCGGCUGCUCUACCACAACUACUUCUACCUCAGCAUCUUCUUUGUUUCCUGCAUCAGCGUGGACCGCUAUCUCGCCAUCGUCCAUCCGCUGCGCUCUGUGGUGUUACUCAGCCGCCGGCAGACCUAUUUACUCUGCGCGGUUAUCUGGACGGUUACCAUGGUGAUAAGUAUCCCCGUAGCUCACAUGACGUUGCUACAACGUUGCCCCGGAGACAGUAACCGUACCGUGUGUACCCUGUAUAUAUAUCUGGACGAUACUGAGGAGAGCCUGCCCUACUCCAUCAGCUGUACCUGCAUCGGCUUCCUCUUCCCUUUAGCCUCCAUCUGUUACUGUUGCCUCCGCAGGUACAUUUAUUGAUUGGUUGAUUGAUUGAUUGAUCCUGAUUGAUUAAAUUAUUGGGAGCCUGUACAGAGUGAUUGACUAUCUUUUAUUUAUUUUUGUACAUUUGUUUUUACUAUUCCGUCAAACAACACCUCUCCAACAUGUGUGACAACUCAUGCUUUUUAAUUGGUCUGUCUCCGCAGCGUCAGGGAGCUCCGCCUCCGCAGCCGGCAGCCACAGGUACACAACAGCAAGGGGCAACAUCUCCGUCUGACCCGCGUGUUGACCGCCGUGCUGAUCGUCUUCGCCCUGUUCUACUUGUCCUACCACCUGAGCAGGAACGCGACCAUCGUGAUGCAUGCGAUGUACCCGGGCAGGCCGGCGUCCUGGCAGUCCGCAGACCUGGCGUUCUGCCUGGAGAUCUGUCUAUGUAGCCUGAACACCUGUGUCAACCCGCUGUUUACUUGCUUUGUGGGACGUCAGUUUAGAAAGGAGCUCCAGGAUACCUUUGGGUUCGCUUGGCUGCAGCUUCGGAGGUGUAAACGGCAGCGAUCGGCAGUGGGUCAUGUGACGUCAGUAACAGGGUUGUUUGAGAGAGCGAGGAACCAGAUGACCAUGGGGCACGGUGGCCAGGGGUUGUCUGCUGUCACUCCACUGUGA